AUGGAGGAGGACUGGGAGGAGGAGGAGGAGGUUGACGCGUCGCAGGGAGACGCGUCGCAAGCGGAGGACGACAGGACGUACAUCGGCAGCGUGCUCUUUAACAUUAAGGGUCUGCAGCAUUACCCAGGGACCGUGAACCCGCGAGAGAUGGUUCGGCUUAUUCGGGAGCCUAAUAACGCGCACGACCGCAACGCCAUCCGCGUGGACAACAUCAGAGGGCAGGAGGUGGGCCACGUGGAGGCCAAAAUGGCCUGCCACCUGGCGCCACUUGUCGACGCCGGAUUGGUCGCAAUUGAAGCUCCUGAAGUUGUAUCUCGCUUGCUGUCUGCCGGAGUGCGUCUGGUGGAAACCAACAGCCUCCCUGGCUCAGACACUUUCGGGGAAGCUUCCCCCUCUGGUUCGUUACAGUCCUCCUCGUUACAGGCUGCUUCGGCUGCUGCGUCAGUGGCUGCUGCUUUGGCAGCGCGAAGAGCUGCGAUGAGCCAAGCAGAACAGGACAAGGCGGUCCUAUCCAUGUUUGAUGACCUGGCAUGCCAGGUGGAAGCGGAUCGGCCCACCGCGGACCCUCCCUGCCACGUCAUCAGGUCGUCCCUCCUGCCACAUCAGCAGCGGGCGCUGGCGUGGAUGAUCAAGAGGGAAAGCGCAAGGAAGCUUCCACCGUUUUGGAAAGCCGGGGCCUUAGACUCAGAGAGCAGCAGCAAAGGGAAGAGAGGAGGGAGAGGAGGCGGAGGGAGGGGGGGAGGGAGACAGGGCAGGGGCGGCCGGGGAAGAGGAAGAGAGGUACAGGGAGGGGUUGGAGGAGGGGUGGAGGGUGAGGAGGAGGAUGGAGAUGACGGGGGAGAGGGCGGGGGGCGAUUGUUUACAAACAUUCUGACCAACUUCACAACAGAGGAGAGACCCAAGGCGCUGAGGGGAGGCAUUCUGGCGGAUGACAUGGGGCUGGGGAAAACGCUCUCCCUGCUCUCCCUUGUCGCUUCCACCACUGCUGCUGCUGACACUGGUGAAACACAAGCAAUCGGCACCACCUCCCCUGCUGUUGGUGCUGCUGCUGGUAAUGGGAUGCAAGGGGGGCAGCACCAAGCAGAGCAGAGCAGGGCGACGCUAGUGGUGUGCCCUCUGUCCGUUCUCUCCAACUGGACAGCGCAGCUAGCAGAGCACGUGGCGCCAGGGGCGCUGAGUUACUAUGUGUACCACGGGGCAGAGCGCGUGAGAGAUCCGAGCUUCCUCUCUGGCUUUGACCUUGUGUUUACCACCUACAAUAUCCUAGCUUCUGAAUGUCCCCCUCCCUCUGCCUCCACUGCUGGUGGUGCUGCUGCUGGUUCUUCUGCUGGUGUUGGUAGGGGUGGGUCAGGGGGGAUGGCAGAGGCAAACCGGGCUGACAGAGGAGCACGAGCAGGGACGGCAGGUGGGGGGCCGUUACUGCAGGUGAAAUGGAGGCGGGUGAUUCUGGACGAAGCGCACGUGAUCAAAUCCGUGAAGUCACGGGCGGCGCGGGCGGCGACAGCGCUGCAGGCGGAGAGGCGGUGGGCAGUGACAGGCACUCCCGUGCAGAACCAGCUGGGGGAUCUUUUCUCGCUGCUCUGCUUCCUGCACCUUGAUCCUCUUAAUGAUCGCUCCAUCUGGACCCGCGCGAUUGAGCGGCCAAUGAGGGAGCGCCAGCACAUCGGGCUGGAUAGGCUCCGGGUACUGGUUCUCACGACGGCUCUACGGCGCACCAAGGACAUGCAGGUGAACAGUCAGCCGCUGCUGUCCCUCCCCCCCAAGACCGUGCGAGUGCUGCCAGUCGACUUGCUGCCAGAGGAUCGGGAUCUCUAUGACCGAGUGCAGGAGGAGGUGCGGCGCCUUGUGGGUGGCAUGAUGGCUCAGGGCACGUUGAUGAAGAACUAUGCUACAGUGCUCGAGAUGAUCCUACGGCUCAGACAAAUCGCAGACCACAAGGGCCUCUGUCCACCGCACGUUCUCGAGGCCAUUGCUGCGUCGGCUGCUGCAGCAGAAGAGGCAGACAGAAACCAGGAUACAAAAGCUGCAGUUCCUUCGGACCCCCUUUUGAGUCAGAAGCUUCAGGAACUUCUGGCAGCAGGAGCAGCAGACGAAGAUUGUCCCAUCUGCCUCUCUCCUCCCACUCUUCCUGUCGUCACUCCCUGCUCCCACAUCUUCUGCCGCCGCUGCAUUCGCCGGGUUCUCUCCAUCCAGAAGCAUGCCUGCCCCAUGUGCAGAGCACCAGUAGAUGAGGCUCAUCUGGUGGAGGCUCCUCCUGAUGCUGCAGAAGGAGAGGGAGAUGGUGCUAAUGGGGAUCAUGCCAAAGGGGGCAUGAUGGAAGGGGUUGAGGGGAAUGCAAGUGCCAAGAUUGAUGCGCUUAUUGCUGCUCUUCGUGAGCCCCUCCAGGUGCCGCCAGGGUACCAACCUCCAGAGGGUGGAGAUUCUAGUGCAGGGCCUGGUGCAAUGGGAGAGGGAGGUGGGAGGCAGUGUCAGCAGCAAAGGGUGAAGAGUGUUGUGUUUUCUCAGUUCACUCGGAUGCUGGAUUUGGUGUAUGAGAGGUUGCAGGCUGCUGGAUUCAAGUGCUGUAGAUUGGAUGGCCGCACCAAGCUAAGUGUGAGGGAGAAGGCCAUUGCAGAGUUCAACCGAGUGGAUCAUGAUUCUCCUACAGUCUUCCUUGUGGGGCUCAGAGCAGCAGGUGUAGGUCUGAACCUUACAGCUGCAUCACGUGUGUUUCUGCUUGAACCUUGGUGGAACCCUGCUGUGGAGCAACAAGCAAUGGACCGAGUCCAUCGCAUUGGACAGGAAAAUCCAGUCGAUGUUGUGAGAAUGGUUGCUGCUGACAGCAUAGAAGAACGAAUGCUGGUGCUUCAGGAGAGAAAAAGAGCAAUAGCACGUGCUGCCUUCGAGCGGAGAUCUGCUGAAGAUCAGCAAUUGUUACGAAUGGACGAUGUGCGUCUGCUAAUGGACAUGUAA